CAAUCAAACAUUCGCCCACCACAGAAAUUUCCUCCUGCGGAGAACUUGUACUUGUUGGUUUCAACCUCCUCAAACUCAUAGUCUCGAUUUUUGUGUGUAUCAAUGGCUUCUUCUAUAUGGGGUCUCUCUCCUUCUGUCCGAUUACAACCAACUAAAACUACCCUUGUUGCUUCAUUCCCUUUGGAUUCCCGAAGCAAGUGCGAAAUGAACAGGAGGAGUUUUGCGGUGAAAGGAAUUGUGGCUUCUGGAGUUUCAGUCAUGGCUUCAACUCUGACUACUGCAGAAGCAGAUGCAUCAUCUCAAGGUUUUGAAAGAUUGCCUUACAAAUCGGAAGGGUAUAAUUAUUGGACGUGGAGGGGUCAUAAAAUACACUAUGUUGUGCAAGGAGAAGGCUCUCCUCUUGUCCUUAUUCAUGGUUUUGGGGCCUCUGCAUUCCACUGGAGGUACAACAUUCCAGAAUUGGCUAAGAAACACAAGGUUUAUGCGUUAGACUUACUUGGAUUUGGGUGGAGUGACAAAGCACUUAUCGAAUAUGAUGCCAUGGUGUGGAGGGAUCAAGUGGUUGACUUCUUGAAGGAAAUAGUAAAAGAACCAGCAGUAUUAGUUGGAAAUAGCCUUGGAGGAUUUACUGCUUUGGUUGCAGCAACUGGGUUGCCUGAGCUUGUCAAUGGGGUUGCUCUACUAAAUUCUGCAGGACAGUUUGAUGAUGGAAAUAAGGAAAGUAAAACUUCUGAAGAAACGCCUCUACAGAAGUUUUUCCUAAAACCUUUGAAGGAGGUUUUCCAGCGUGUAGUUCUUGGACUUUUAUUCUGGCAGGCAAAGCAACCAGCUCGGGUUGUGUCAGUCUUAAAAAGUGUUUAUAUAAAUUCUUCCAAUGUGGAUGACUAUCUUGUGGAGUCCAUAACAAGGCCGGCUGCAGACCCCAAUGCAGGAGAAGUUUAUUACAGGUUAAUGACACGCUUCAUGAUGAAUCAGAGCAAGUACACUCUAGAUGCUGUAUUGAGUGAACUAUCUUGCCCAUUGCUUUUGCUCUGGGGUGACCUUGACCCAUGGGUUGGUCCAGCCAAAGCUAAUAGAAUCAAAGAGUUCUAUCCAAAAACAACUCUUGUAAACUUGCAGGCUGGGCAUUGUCCACAUGAUGAGAUACCGGAGCUUGUGAACAAGGCUUUAUUGGAUUGGUUGACCACCCUUACUCCUGAAGUGUCUCUCCAAGCAGUUUGAACAUGUAUAAUUUUGUAAAGCUGAUCGAAAACAAAUUCUUGAGCAAGUUUUGAGAUUCAAGUUGUCGGUAGUAGUUAUCACCAUACUCUGUAUACAAAAAGCCUGGUAAAGAUACUUAGGAUAGGGGAAAAUGACAACAAUAAUAGACCUUGAUCAGGGUUCUGCAUACUUGCACGUUUUUUAAGAUCAGAUAUGCAUUCAUUUGUUACAUAAAAUCUUCCUUAUUCAUUAAUCAGUAAGUUACAUGCUUGCACUCAGAUUGUUCUCGU